CUACGAUCAAGUAAGAUGUCUGCGCCCAUGGAAAUGAAAAGUAAACUAUCGAAAUUUCCGGAAAUAUUAACAAUAACAUUCAGAGAUCUUGAAACUUACUUGUAACAAGACCUUUAGACUACAGUUGUCGUGGGUUGAAUGGUGUUGUGUGUACAGUAUAUGGUAAUAUGGAAGGAAGAUAACCUGGAGUAUGGCAAGCUUUAAAAGGAAAAUGAAGAAGCCUGAUAAAAUCUACAUGUUUGAUGACUCUGACCUGUCAGAGUGUUUGACUAGGAGUAACAGUUUGAGUUCUCAGCCCCAUGUGCCAGCUGUGCCAUCAUCAAAGGUACUACCAAGGACAGUGCCCAAUCACCUGUUGCUGGUGUCCAUCCUAGAACAGUUAUGUCACAUGUAUGCCAGAGAUACAAAACAAGCCCAAGAUAUUUUCAUUUCAAUCAGUGAACAGUUGACCAAGUUGAAUGUUGUAUCACCAUUAUUGAUGUUAGAUGAAAUGAGUAGUCUAAGAGAGCAGUAUAGACAUAGUGUACAUAGGAUGUUGCUGGCUGCUGUACACAAAUCUAACAAGGGUCUCACAGGAAAACUGUUAUUACCUGCUCCAAAUGGCUUCAGUGACACAAACCUUCCAGCUUUACAAAACAAUAUACCCCGGCAUCCAUCCAGCAGUAGUUGUGAUCUCAUUAACCAGACAUCCAGAUAUUGUACAGAGUUUGUAGAGGUGGAGAAGAUUGGUAAAGGAGGAUUUGGAGCUGUUUAUAAGAGUAGAAAUAAACUGGAUGGGAAGAUGUAUGCUGUAAAGAAGGUGAAGUUUAAACACUCAAAACCUGAAGUCUGGUUCAGGGUACUGCGAGAAGUGAAAGCAUUGGCAAGUUUACAACACACUAACAUCGUAGGAUAUAAUGCUGCCUGGUUAGAAUAUGGGACAGCUCCUUUACCAAAACCAUCCUCUGGUUCAAGUUUACACGAUAUAUCAGCUGACUCUGACAAUCAUUCCGACUCAGAGAAUGAUACUGGUGUUAUAUUCAGAGAUUCUUGUGACGGAGAUUACUCUCGAGACUUUCUCCAGCCUUUCCACGACUACAGGUUCGGCUCCGGACCAAAGAUAAAGGAAAUAGCUUCCAAUAACUCGAGUCUGGCAUCUUCCCCACAGAACAUGCCCCCUUCUCCUCCAAAAUCAUCUACAUUUCAUAAAAAUAAAAGUUUGAAUGAUAUGUUAGAAUACCAAGGAAAUAAUACAUUUUUUGGGAACAACUUCAAGCUUGACACUUCAUCCUAUAAGAAGGAAACAGCUACGGUAGAAUCUCGUGCUUUGUCAUUGUUACCUGGAAAGUUUGGAAAUGUGAAAACAACGCAGACCAAGGUAAAGUUUACUCUGGACACUAGUACUGUAGAAUCUGGUAGGCAACAAGAUGAGAUAGAUGGCAGCAUGUACAAUCGUGGAGAUGGGAGAAAGUCACAGAGGGUUUAUAAAAGAAGUAUUAGCUGUGAUCCUGUGGCCUCUGGUGAAUUGCUCCUGCCAUUAGAAAACAGCAGUAAUCUGUUCCAGUUUGUAGAGACCGAAUUUCCACUGCAGAAAACAGUGACAUUAUACAUCCAAAUGGAGCUUUGCAGCCUAACAUUGAAAGAAUGGAUGCAAAAUAGAAAUGAGACGUGUCACAGUGAGAAAGACCUUAUCCCUUAUACUGACAGGAACAUGAUAAUAUUUAGACAAAUUCUGAAAGCUGUGGAAUAUAUACACUCACAAGGUGUUAUCCAUAGGGACUUAAAACCUAGAAAUAUAUUCUUGCAAGAAGAAGGACUUCAUGUGAAAGUUGGAGACUUUGGUUUAGCAACUGAUGAUGUUGUAACUAGUCCAGUCAAUGACACUUCUUUCAGUACUCUCAAUUUAGCGACAUCUCGACUUGUCCGCACCGGAAGUAUUCUAUCUGAUCAUACAACUGGGGUUGGCACAUCUACAUACGCUGCACCGGAACAGCUCAAAGGUUCUGGUUAUAAUACAAAAUGUGAUAUUUAUAGUUUAGGGGUAAUAUUGUUUGAAUUAUUUCAAAGCUAUGGGACAGAGAUGGAGAGGUAUAGGAGUUUAAGUGACUUAAGGAAAGGUAUAAUUCCAGAUGAAGUGUUCCAAAACUGGCCUGUACAGACCAGAUAUAUAGAACUCAUGACCAGUGAAAAUCCAGAAGUCCGACCAUCUACCAAAUCCAUGCUAAGUGGCGAACUUUUCUUGACAAAGGAGCAAGUGAUUGAUGAUAUGAGAAUAGAAAUUGAUCGUCUCAGGAAGCAGCUGGUGGAGAAAGAUAAAAUGAUAGCCGAGAAGGACAGUACUAUAGCUAAACUACUUGUUGAACUUAGUGAUAAUAGUUUCCUUGCUGGUACCAGUGUCUGACAUAGUAACUUACAUUUGUAGAAACUGAGACUGAAACCAGAGAUCUGAAUAGAUGAUAUUUUUAGCUCACCUGUCACAAAGUGACAGGGUGAGCUUUUGUGAUCGCUUUUUCGUCCGGGGUCCGUCCGUCCGUCGUCCGUCCGUAAACUUUUACUUUAAAUGACAUCUCCUCAUAAACCACUAAGCCAAUUUCAUCCAAACUUCACAGGAAUGUUCCUUUGGCGGUCACCUUUAAAAAUUGUUCAAAAAAUUUAAUUCCAUGCAGAACUCUGGCUGCCAUGGCAACCAAAAGAAAAAACUUUAAAUAUCUUCUUUUAAAAAAACCCUAAGAGCUAGAGCUUAGAUAUUUGUAAUGAAACAUCUUCUAAUGAGUGUCUACCAAGUUUGUUCAAAUAAAAUCCCUGGGUUCAAAAUUGGCCCCGCCCCAGGGGGUCUUUGAUUUUCCCUAUAUGCAUAUAGUAAAAACUUAAAAUAUCUUCUUUUAAAGAACCCAAAGAGCUAGAGCUAAGAUAUUUAGCAUGAAACAUCUUCUAAUGAGUGUCUACCAAGUUUGUUCAAAUAAAAGCCCUGGGGUCAAAAUUGGCCCCGCCCCAGGGGGUCAUUGAUUUUCCCUAUAUGCAUAUAGUAAAAACUUAAAAAAUCUUCUUUUAAAGAGCUCAAAGAGCUUGAGCUAAGAUCUUUAGCAUGAAACGUGUUCUAAUGGGUGUCUACCAAGUUUGUUCAAAUAAAAGCCCUGGGGUCAAAAUUGGCCCCGCCCCAGGGGGUCAUUGAUUUUCCCUAUAUGCAUAUAGUAAAAACUUAAAAAAUCUUCUUUUAAAGAGCUCAAAGAGCUUGAGCUAAGAUCUUUAGCAUGAAAUUGUUCUAAUGGGUGUCUACCAAGUUUGUACAAAUAAAAGCCCUGGGGUCAAAAUUGGCCCCGCCCCGGGGGUCAUUGAUUUUCCUUAUAUGUGUAUAGCAAAAUCUUAAAAAAUCUUUUUUGAAAAAACCCAAAUAGCUAGAGUUUAGAUAUUAAGCAUGAAACAUCUUCUAGUGAGUGUCUACAAAGUUUGUUCAAAUAAAAGCCCUAGAGCCAAAAUUGGCCCGCCCCGGGUGUUAUUGAUUUUCCUUAUAUUUGUAUAGCAAAAACUUAAAAAUCUUCUUUGAAAAAACCCAAAGAGCUAGAGCUAAGAUAUUUAGCACGAAACAUCUUCUAAUGAGUGUCUACCACGUUUGUUCAAAUAAAGCCCUUGGGUCAAAAUUGGCCCUGCCCCAGGGGGUCAUUGAUUUUCCUUAUAUGCAUAUAGUAAAAACUUAAAAAAUCUUCUUUUAAAGAACUCAAAGAGCUAGAGCUAAGAUAUUUAGCAUGAAACAUGUUCUAAUUGGUGUUUACCAAGUUUGUUCAAAUAAAAGCCCUGGGGUCAAAAUUGGCCCCGCCCCGGGGGUCAUUGAUUUUCCUUAUAUGUAUAUAGCAAAAACUUAAAAAAUCUUCUUUGAAAAAACCCAAAUAGCUGGAGUUUAGAUAUUAAGCAUGAAACAUCUUCUAGUGAGUGUCUACAAAGUUUGUUCAAAUAAAAGCCCUGGAGUCAAAAUUGGCCCGCCCCGGGUGUUAUUGAUUUUCCUUAUAUUUGUAUAGCAAAAACUUAAAAAUCUUCUUUGAAAAAACCCAAAUAGCUAGAGUUUAGAUAUUAAGCAAGAAACAUCUUUCUAGUAAUUGUCUACAAAGUUUGUUCAAAAACAAAGCCCUGGGGUCAAAAUUGGCCCCACUCCAGAGGUGUCAUUGGUUUAAUUAUAAACUUAAAAAAUCUUCUUUUAAAAAAACCCAAUGAGCUAGAGCUUAGAUGUUUAGCAUGAAACAUCUUCUUAUGGGUGUCUACCAAGUUUGUUCAAAUAAAAGCCCUUGGGUUAAAAUUGGCCCUGCCGGGGGGGGGGGGGGGGGGGCAGAAGGAGGGGGGAUAGAUCGUUGUUUUUCAUUAUAUGUGUGUAGUAAAAACUUAACAUCGUGAAACAUCUUCUAAUCGGUGCUUCUAAGUUUGUUCAAAUAAAAGCCCUGGGGUUUAAACUGGCCCCGCUCCGGGUGCCUUUAUACAGGUGAGCGACCUCAGGGCCAUCAUGGCCCUCUUGUUCAAUUUUUAACAUCGUCAAGAUUUAACCAUUGCUGAUUAAACAUUUGAAUGUAUGAUUUAAAUUUAACAACAUGAUUGAAAUAUUUCAUGUAAAUUUGCACUUUAUCUGGUGUAAGCAUUGAAAUGUUUCAUGUACAUUUGCACUUUAUCUGGUGUAAGCAUUAAAAUAUUUUGUGUAAAUUUGCACUUUAUCUGGUGUAAGCACUGAAAUAUUUUGUGUAAAUUUGCACUUUAUCUGGUGUAGGCACUGAAAUAUUUCAAGUAAAUUUGAAUUUUAAUGGUGUAGGCACUGAAAUAUUGCAAGUAAAUUUGCAUUUUAUCUGGUGUAAGCAUUAAAUAUUUUGUGUAAAUUUACACUUUGUCUGAUGUAAGCACUGAAAUAUUUUGUGUAAAUUUACACUUAUCUGGUGUACUGGUGUAACCAUUGAAAUAUUUUGUGUAAAUUUACACUUUAUCUUGUGUAAGCAUUGAAAUAUUUUGGUAAAUUUACACUUUAUCUGGUGUAAGCACUGAAAUAUUUUGUGUAAAUUUACACUUAAUCUGAUGUAAGUAUUGAAAUAUUUUGUGUAAAUUUACACUUAUCUGGUGUAAGGGAACUACUGCCAUAGGGGAAUAUGCCAUAGCAAAAUAUUGCCAAUGAAAUACUGGGAAAUAGAGAUUCAAAUUGUUUUGCCAUAAAACAGACAAAAUUAUAAUUGAGCCGUGUCACGACAAAACCAACAUAAUCGGUUUGCGACCAGCAUGG